AUGGCAGCAGUACGACUACGGAAAGUGUUUCAAUAUCCAGAAGAUUCGGACCAUGAGAAUGAUCGCGAGGAGCUUGAUGAGCAGGAGCAAGAGCGGGUAAUUGAGCAGCUACAGCGACAAAAUGAUACCCAUAACGCUCAUUAUAAUGUCAUAUUUACCGGUAUCCCAUUAGUCUUGGUGACUACUUUUCUCCCAUCGAUACUAUGGGCGUCUAGUUUCUUCCAACGCCUUUCUUCCCUGAUAGGGAUCUUUUCACUGCUGGCUUCAGCCUACACCAUGCGAUACUUGCCUCUUCAUUCAGAUCGUAAGGGUAAGAAACCCAUGUUGAUCGAAGACGAACGCUUGGCUUUUGCCCACACUGCCCUGAUCCCCGUGAACGGAGUGGUGUGCGGUGCACUGGCUCUGUAUACCUUCUGGGGAACUGGGUCCUCCGGGCCCUGGCCGGCACUCUAUCUCAUCCCUACUGCUAUGUUUGGCGCAAUUUUGCUCGCCCGGCAGAUGAUGCUCUCGGUCGAUCUAUCUACACUGAAAGACCUCCAGUAUGAGUACAAAGGGGCCUAA